AUGAGCUGCAUGCUGCCCGAGGACUUGCUGGUGGCCAUCCUCUCCGAAAGGCUGCAGUUGAGUGACUGCUACCAGGGAGUGGUGUUCGAUGGCCUGGAGACCCUCUUUGCACGCAGCACAGCAUCUGCUCUCCUCUGCCUGCUCAAAGCUGUUAGAAAUCGGCCUCAUAUCUAUUUUGUGAACCUGUUCCAGGAUUAUGCUUCUUUGAAGGCCCGGGAGAUGGCUGCAAAAGAGCAGGAAGGACGGGAGCGGGAAGACGCUGCCAGGAGGGAGAAAGCACGUCUCUGGGAGAUGGAUGAGGACGAGUAUGAUGCCCUCACCGAGGAGCAGAAAACUCAGUUUAAUAACAAUAUCCGACAAGUCCAGCGUGAGAGGAAGAAGAGGGAGAUGGAGCAGCUGGCUCGAGAGCUUGAAGAAAAGCACCAGCGGGAGUUAGAACGCUUGAAGGAGGAAGAGGAGCUGAAGAAGAAGUCUAAGCGGGGGAAGAGAGAGCUUGGAAAAGACAAAGAUAAUGCUUCGGGGAAGAAAAGCCAUCCUGGAGUCAGGCAGAAUAUGAACACAUCCACCAGCAACACCAAUGCGUCCACCAGCAACCGGUCGGAUGUCACCGAAGGGGUAGACAAGAAGGGAUCUCUAAAGGAGCACCCAGACCCUGUUGCAGGUGAUAAGGAAGAUAAGAAAAAGCAGAGCAAGGUUCCCCUGACGGAUGCCUGCCCAGCAGUGACUGCACAACACACUGACCCAGAACAGGCAGAAACCAAAGAUGAGGCCCUGAGUGAUGACGAAAAGAAUUUAGCCCUGAGGUUUAAGAUCUAUGAGGCAUCACAGAAGGGUGUCAUGCAUAUUUUGUCAUCCUGGGACAGGGUUCAGGGUGUCCUGCUGUCCCCUCUGAACCAAGAUGAGGUGCGGCACCAAGCAGAAGACCAGCGCCAGCGUUUAUCCAGCCGCAGGAGCCGGAAGGACAGAGAGAAGGAGCGUCAGGAGCGGCUAGAGAAGGAGCGGCUGGAGAAGGAGCAGCUGGAGAAGGAGCGGCUGGAAAAACUGAAGGUUCUUGAGGACUUCAAGUUAUCUCAGCUGGAAGGGGAAGGUGCAGAAGAAGGGUCAGCCAGUGGCCAGGGUGUUGGGGUGCCCUGCUUGGACAUCCAGGUGCUGAGCUCCGAAGAUGUGACUAGAGAGAUCCUGGAGAGCAGCAAGCUGCCAGCAGCAGAUCAGAUACUGGAUUGCCUGGGACUGGGUCCCUCGGGGCCUCCCAUUCCCCCAACUGCUUUUUACUCUGUGAUCCACUACCCGGAGAAGCGGAUGGCCCCUGCGGCAGGAGAAGCCCUCAAGCACUUUGUCUUUGUUGUGCCAGAAGGUGCCACUGCAGAAGAUGAAAAGAAGGAUACGGAAAUUCUUCUGGAUGUUCCCAUCAUGCCCACGCUGAAGACGUCGGAGCAGCAGAUCACCCCAACCAGGAGCCAGUCGAGGAAGGAGAAAGCCGUGGGCAGCCGGGAGGCUGCAAGGGAGAAGCGGAGCUCCAGCCGGGGCAGGAGAGGUCUCCAGGGACCAGGCACAGGAGCACCUACACGUUCCCCCAAGGUGGACCAAAGUGGUGCAGACACGGUCCCAUCCCCAGGGAGAUCUGUCAGGCUGAGCAGCUGCCGGUGGAUAGUGCCUGCCCGUGGUGAGGUGGAACUGAGGAUCCAUUUCAGCUCCAUGGUGCUGGGCCAGUUUGAUCAGACGCUGCAUUUUGAGGUCCUGGGGACAAACCGUCUGUACCAGCUGCACUGCAGGGGCACCUGCCUGUAUCCCACCAUCAGCCAGGACCCACGGUUGGUGUUUCCUCACCGGAGGAAGAGCAAGGCGGAUGAUGACAUCAUCUUCAAGCAGUAUGUCAUGAACACGGGUGUAUUCCACUUUGGACCGCUGCUGUGUGGGAAGUCAAGAGACUGGUACAAGGCGCUGCACUAUCCCAGCAACGGCGAGAAGCUGACCAUCCUCAAUGUCACCCCCUUAGAAGCAGAGGUGCAUUUCUUCUUUGAGCAUGACCUCAAAGCAGACACGUUCCUUUUAGACCCUCCCAGCAUGAGGCUGAAACCUAAGGAGAAGCAGGAGCUGAGCAUUUGGGCAUACCCCACUUCAGCUGGCCUCGUGGAAGACAACCUCAUCUGCUGCAUUCGGGAGAACCCAGAGCCGGUGAUCUUCCGGCUGUGCUGCCAGGGGGUGCAGGUGGAGCUGGGGGUCAGCCCCAAGCAGGUGCAUUUCGACAAGCUGCUUCUGCACAGGAAGGACAGCAAGACCCUGGUCCUGCGAAACAGCACCCCACUGCCGGUGGCCUGGCGGCUCAGUGGCCUGGAACACCUCGGCGAGGACUUCUCCGUGUCGCAAGACAGGGGCACUGUUGGUCCCCGGGCAGAAUUUAGCGUGCACCUGUAUUUCAAGGCAACAAAGGCUCUAAGCAUUAAGAAGACGAUCCGACUGGAGGUGUCAGAUGCAGAAAAUGUCCUGGGGAUCGUUCAGAUUGAAAAUAUCCAAAUCCUUGCGGAGGCCUAUGAUGUUGCUCUGAGCAUCAGCAUUUCUAAAGGUACGGAUGGCAGCGUGGAUUUUGGGAUCCUUAAGGUCCUGGAUGAUGCAAAGCAAGCGCUGACUCUGAAGAACAAAGGGAAGUACGAGAUCGCCUACAGUUUCAAGCUGGAAACCGUGGAUACCAACAUACCCAACUUGGCAUCCCACUUCACUAUCCAGCCCCAGAAGGGUGUGCUAUCUGUCUCCGACCGCCCUGUGCAGGUCCAGCUGCUCUUCCACCCCAAGACGGAGAUGAGUAUUGAGGACAGCCCCAUCCUGCACUGUCAGGUGAUUGAGCCCAGCAUCUGUGAAGGAGGCGAGACCAUUGCCAUUAUCCCAGUGAGGGUGUCAGCAAAAGCGGUGUUCAGCAAGUACAGCAUUUACCCUGCCUCGCUCAUCAGCUUUGGUGCCAUGAUGAAUGGCACCAGGAAAACCUGCACCUUCACACUGGAGAACAAAGGCGUCCUUGACUUUAAAUUCUUCAUCUACCGAGCAGACCAGGAGGCACCUGUAUUGCCAAGGAAAAGUGCACAUCAAAUGAAAUCUGCCCGUUCCCACGAGAGUGAAAAUUUAAGCAAAAUGACUCCCUCAGUCAAGCAAAGCAAGAACUCGCUGCAAAAGGAUGCAAGCCCCUUCAUGCAGGCUCGCUUCACUCUAGGCAUGUUCACGGUGUACCCUGGGUUUGGCUCCAUCCCUCCUGGAGGCCAGCAGAUGAUCACGGUGGAUUGCUACGCAGAGCCAGUGGGGACAUGCAAAGAGUGCCUGUCCAUUGAGAUCAGCGACAGAGACCCCAAGGACAAUCCCCUUGGCAUCCCCUAUACCCUGUUUGCUGAGUCCUGCCUCCCAGCAUUUGUGGUUGAUGACAUAGAGUCCAUCUUUGAGGAGCAUCGAAUCUGCAGCAACAUCAACCUCUGCCAGAUCCUACAGACCAUGCAAGACAAGGGUGUGUUCAUCACAGAUGAGAACAAGUUUAUCUUCACCAAUGUUCUGGUUGGGCACCGGGCCACAGCUCGCUUCAAGAUCCGCAACGUGAACAAAGUCCCCUGUGACGUGGUCCUCUCCAUCAAACCCGUCCCUGGUAAGCUCAACAGCCGCCUUAGUGAUGUUUUCGAGGUGGAUCCCGUUCGGAUGUGCGUGCCCAGCCGCUCCCAUGCCUUUGCCACAGUGACCUUCACUCCGCAAACGAUGCAGAACUACCAGUGCACUUUUGAGGCUUCCCUUGACGUCCAGGCGAGCCCUGCGGUCAUUAAAGCACAGAGCCUGACCUUCGAUAUCAGCGGAGAUGGGAACCUGCCUCGGGUGACGGUCCUGCGCCCAGUCCUUCGCAGUAAGAGAGGGAACCCUCUGCUGCUCUUCAAGAAGCUGUUGCUGGGUGAUUCCGAAAAACUCCCUCUGGUCCUUCAUAAUGGUGGCGUCGUGCCUGUCCAGUUGACGAUAGACCUGCUGGAUGAAGGGGGAGUUUUCUUCCUGAAAGCCAGGCCCACCACACACUGCAUCUACCAAGCUGCGGGCAUGAAGGAGGACUCUCCCAGAGAAGAGAGGAAGCCCCACACUGCUUCCCUGGUCCUGCAUCACGGGGAAUUAGCAGAGUUUGACGUGCUUUUCAAACCCACCCUGGCCCAACGCGUGGAGGCGAAGAUCCACCUGUCGGUGGUGGACAACCCCUACGAAGAGACCAACAUUCAGCUGGUGGGUGAAGGCUACGAGGAUGACUUCACGCUAGAUAACAUCCAUGGGCUAGCAGCAGACAGCAAGGAAGAGGAUGCUGAAGGCAAUCUAGAAGAGGACAUAAUUGAGGCUGCCAGAGUGGAUCACAUCCAGUUUGGGGACUGUCACAUUGGGACACCCUACCCCGUGACUUUCACGAUCACCAAUCGCAGCAGGAUGGAGGCGAUGCGGUUUGAGUGGCUGGCAGGCGCCCCAUUUCACUUCUCCCCCCAGGUGGGACACCUCCACGCUGGCUGUGCUAAGGACAUUACAGUGACCUUGAAAUCGGACGUUGCAGUGGCCUUCAAAAUGCACCCUGUGAAGUGUAAGGUGGCCAGGAUCGCCUUCCACCUGCCGCCAGAGCAGGUUACCGACUGGGACGACCGCCUGCGCACCGUCAAGUGGGUGGAUGCCACGAGGGGCCUGGCAGCCACAUGGCCGGUCAAGAAGAAGGUGAUCGAGACAGACCCAGAACCAGCUCACACAGUCCUGGAGAAGAGCAGCCGCGAGGUGGAGCUUCGCCUCAGUGCUGUCGUUGACUAUGCCGAGUUCAAGCUGGAUACGGACGUGAUUCAGUUCAAGGAGACCUUGCUCUUCCAGACGAGGAUGUUCACUUUCCAGCUGUCCAAUACAGGGAAUGUGGCCCUGGAAUACUCCUGGAUGGCAGCUGUGGAGGAUGAAAGGGCAGUGAGCCAUACUGGGGAGCUGCUCCCACCCAGUCCGGAUGGGGAUUUCGUCUCCUCUGCUUCUGGUGCCUCUGUAAAGCUCCAGUCUAGGCGUUAUUCGAGCCGUCUGGGCCACGCUCCGGAGCAUGUCUCUUCCUCCCUGAGCUCGUCUCUGAGCACCGUCAGUGCCACCUCGAUGUUCUCUGUUGAGCCCUGCAGUGGCACCAUCCCUGCUGGCCAGGAGCAGCUCUUGCAGAUGAAGUUCUCUCCGGUGUGUGGGGGGGACUUUGAGAGCCGCAUGCUCUGCAGUAUUCCUAACCUGAAGCCGAAUCAGAAGGGCCCAGAGGUGGCUGUGAAGGGGAGAAGCCUGAUGCCGAACUGCCACUUUGAACUGGAAGACUCGGACUACAUCAGUGCAAGAAGGCGGAACCCAGAGUUGCAAGGACCAAAGGGGGCAAUGCUAGGUCUCAACACAAGAGUAAUUGAGUUUGCAGCAGUUGGAGUGGGCAGCAGGAACAGCAGGACCUUCAUGGUGAUGAACCCAACCGGUUCCGCUUAUUCCUUCCAGUGGACUUGCCAAGACCCUGAAGCCCCAGCAGAGCAGAUGGCUUUCUGCUGCCUUGCAGAGAGAGGUCAGAUCCAGCCCGGGAAGAAAGCAGAGAUGAAGUUUGAAUUCAUCCCCCGGCACCUGGACAUCACAGAAUCAUUCUGGGUCUUUACAAUCCCUGAGCAGAGCCUUUCGGUCCCGUUCCUGUUGGUGGGCAACACCACUGACCCACUAGUGACCCUGGACAGAUCCCACCUGAACUUCCACUUGCUGUUGAUCGGGCAUGAAGUACACCAGACUGUCUAUAUGAUCAACAGUGAGAAAGAAGCCUUCAGCUUUGCUUUCAGAGAAAGCUCCCUCUUCUCAGAGGGGUGCAAUGCCUCCGUGAAAAUAGAGCCCCUGAAAGGCUCCAUUGCUCCUCUUUCAAGGUUUCCCGUUACGGUCUACUUCAUGCCAAUACUAGAAGGAGAGGCAGUUGUCAACCUCAAGUGCGAUGUCAAGAGGAAGACCCAGCCCCUCUCCUUGAAUAUCAAGGCCACUGGCUAUAGCAUGAACGUGUCUGUCAGGUGUGAGGACAGCGACAACCGUGUCAUUGAGCUCAGUGCGCAGGAGAUCAAUGUCAUUGAUUUCAAGGAGGUACAGCUAAACGAGAACAUCAAGCGCAUCUUCAGCAUCCGCAAUAACGGCAAGUUCAGCUUCACCUUCUCGUGGGAACUGAGUGGUCCCGCUGCUCUUAAGCAGGUCCUUACCAUCACCCCUCGGACAGGCUCCGUGCGGGCGGAGGGGAAAGCAGAGACCCAGCUGGCUUUUCACCCUCAGAAGAUGUGCUCUUUGAAGGAUGUAGAGCUGACGCUGCAGAUCAGCAAGGGUCCCACGUUUACCUGCAUGUUUCGUGUCACCAUGGUAGUGCCCACCGUCCACUUCUCCACCACCAGAAUCAACUUUGGAGCCUGCUUCCUCUACCAUGCUGGGAUGCCACCUGCCCGUCAAACCCUUGUCAUCACAAACAAGGCAGACAGGGAUAUCAGGUUGAUGUUGUGGAACCGCAAGGAAAGGUGCUGAAGCUGGGAGCCCUCUCCAUCAGCCAGACAGUGAAGAAGAUAGUCACCAUAGCAAACAACAGUGCUGCCCCUCUCACUUUUAAGCUCAGUCUCAC